AUGUCGAAGCUGAUCGUGGUCGUUGGAGCCACCGGCACCCAAGGCGGCUCAGUCGUCAACGCCUUUCUCAACGAACCAGGCUACAGAAUUCGAGGGAUCACUCGCAACCCCAACAGUGACAGGGCAAAGACCCUUGCAGCUCAAGGCGUGGAAGUCGGAAUUGCGGACCUAAACGACGAAGCCAGCCUCGUUGCCGCCUUCAAGGGAGCACACGUGGUAUACGCCGUCACCGAUUUCUUCGAACCUUUUAUGAAGUCUGGCGUGGAAGAGGCGAAAAAGAUCGAAUACAGACAGGCCAUCAAUCUGGUCGAGGCUGCUAAGCAGAUUCCGACCUUAGAGCAGUACGUCUGGAGCACUUUACCCAACUGCGGCACCGUGUCUGGGGGGAGAUUCCAUGUCCCGUUCUUCGACGUCAAGUCCACGGUGGACAAUUACAUUCGAAAAGACGAAAGGUUCUUGGCCAAGACGGUAUUCUUCUACCUGGGGUUCUUUUCUUCGAACAUGUUCUAUCCCGUUUACAUCCCGAUUCAUGUGAAAACCACGCAAAAAUAUAUCCAACUGCUCCCCGCUACUGCAGACACCCAGAUUGCAUCACUCGGAGACGCAGCAGUGAACACCGGAAUCUUUAUCCGAGGGAUCAUCAAGAACCCCCCGAGGGAAGGAGGCUCGUAUGUUCUGGCUCGAGUGGAGUCCCACACGCUCGCGGAACAUCUCUCGAUUUGGGGUGCUGCGACAGGACUAGCAAAGGAAAAGCAAUCAACAGAAGUGGUUCCGGUUUCUCUCGACAGCUACCGCAGUAUCUGGCCCGGGUAUGGAGAUCUCUUGGGAGAGAUGAUGGCCUUUUGGUCCGACGCCGGCGACAGGGCCUGGACUACGCCAUUGGGGAAGCCACCCAUUGACGGACUUGUCUUAUUGAGCGAAGCCGAUAAGAGGUCUCUGCUUGGCACGUUCGAUUCUUUCAAGGCGGAAGCUGUGAAGUUUCGUGAUGCGGUUUAG